AUGAAGAAGGUGCAGUUUGGUACUCACAUGCUAGAGAAAGAAGUUGAGGAUUGGUGGAGUAAUACUAUGCAAAGAUUUAAUGAGGAAUGCAUGGAAGUUACUUGGGCUCUUUUCCGUGAUGCUUUUAUGGAGAACUAUUUUCCGGAAGAUGUCUGUGGGAAGAAAGAGGUAGAAUUCAUUGAGUUGAAGCAAGGUAAUGGUACUGUAGCGGAGUAUGCUGCAAGAUUCCAAGAGUUGAUCAAGUAUUGCUCUCAUUACAAUACUAUGAAUGCUGAGAGGUCUAAGUGUUUGAAGUUUGUGAAUGGUCCGAGUCAUGACAUCAAGAAAGCUAUUGGUUAUCAACGGAUUACUCGUUUUUCCUAG